AUGUUUUUCUCAUUUUUUUCUACAUGUGCAUGCGUCAAUAAAACAUUAGAUCUUGCUAUAUUCGCCAGGGGAUUUUGGAAUGCAACUGGUGGAUACGUUGAUCAAUAUGGAGUUUAUCAUCAGCAAAAUUUUUUAUACAAUUUAACACUUACACCUAAUCAAGAUAAUAACCAGACACUUACAGGUGUUCUCAGAGGUGUCAAUCCUAAUAUGAACAUAAUUGUUAGAGUGAACAACAAAACACAAGGUUUUGUUAUAGAAAAUAACACAGCUCCAGGAUUUACUAAGAUAAUAUGCGAUACCCAAAUGAUUUAUGGCAAAAGAAAUCUCCCCCACGCAUACGGAAAAUGGAUUAACAAUAGCCAAACGUUUAAGAUGAUAGUUUAUGAUUUCCAAUCAUUCGAGCUACAAGUAUUUAGACCAGAUAAGAACAUAUCAUCUGUUUACAGGUUCUUUAAGACACCUGCCCCACAAUUCCCUUCUAUUUGGCAAGUUCUUAAGCCAGUAGUGUUUGUUGGAUUCUUCAUUCUCGCAUACAAGGUUAUUGAAGCCCGCGAAAUCAUUUCUGACAUCAGAAAUUCCAAGAAAUCAGGAAAUAAAGAAGAAAAGAAAGAAGGAGCUGAAAAAUCAGAUAAGAAGAAUGACUAA